AUGCUGCUACCGUGGCUUGUAUUCCCGUGGCCGAAGAAGUCCGCUUGUCUGGUGACAUCAGACAACGACAGGAGAGUAUAUUCGACCCCACCCGCUGCUCAAAGACACUUUCCUAUCGACCCACUGACGCGUGUAAGCGACAAUGAAAUUGACAAUGAUGAAAAGGAUGAUGUCGAGGAAGAGAAGGAUGAUGCCGAGGAAGGUAACGAUGAUGCCGAGGAAGGUAACGAUGAGGGAGAAGAGUUUGAAGAGAAUAAAGAAGGCGAGGAAAAGGAGAAUGUCGAUGAUGGUGCUGACAUUGUUGAUCACGGUGCUGAUAAUGAUAAAGAGUGUAAUACGAAUGAUUCCAACGAUGAAGACAUUGAGCCAGAUGAUUCAUCUCAGUCGCAACUUAUCACGGACGUCAACCAACGUGCGGACCCUGAUGAAGAUGCUGUUCGUCAUUUUAGUGAUCACGGACUGCAAUCCCUAAACAACGCCUCUCCUCACGAGGAGUCAGAGGAGUCGGAGGAGUCAGAUGACUCAGACAUGGAAAAAGAAUGUCUUGAGGAUUCCAUGAAGUGCUCAAUUGUCGGGGUUUCACACAAUUGUGGAUUGGGAGGUGCUGAAACCAGCUCGAAGUCCUGCAAUGAAAAGCUAUCGGGUAUUAAUGAAUCACUUGCUGCCGACACUACAUCGAGCCCGACAAUUGCUCAUGAAGAGCGUGAGUCCUCGGGUAUUGCUCCAGUUCAAAUGCGUGGCGACGAAGUCUCAUCAACUGUGAAUCAACCCUCCAUAAAAGCCUGCUCCAAUGCAAACAUGUCGCAACCUCGUCAACAAAUACUCACCAAACAUGGCCACAAUGUGGAGUUGGGGUUGAAGAUUCUUCUGCCUUCGUAUGAUGGAAAUCCUAAUUCGGAAGAGUCUCCGUCGUCCCAAGAACAAAUAUCAUCCUUCACAACAGAAGAAGUGCAGCAAACGAAGCCAUCGCUGGUAUUCAAGCCGAGUUUAAAGGCACUCAAAAGCAUCGGCUCUACGCCAAGUCACAAUUCUCAGCUGUUGAAAAUUGGUAAACUGAAUGAGGUUCCAGCGGUCUCAUAUACAAAUUAUGACUAUCUCGAAAGGAAAUGGAGCCUGAAUGGCGGUCGCUUCUAUCCUUGGGAGCAUUACGAACUUGCAAAGUGUAUGGCGCGCCAGUACAACUUGCGACCGAUUUCAAUCGAUCGCUUUGUUGAAAUGGCUACCAAGGACGUCAAGGAGUUCAUGUACAAAAUGUACAAAAUUGCCAUCUGCAAUACAGGUCCUCCUUUGAAGCAUUCCAUAUAUAAGGACUCGCCUUUGGUUAAACUGGACCGCGUCCUUUCUGGGUGGAAGCCUCCCUCAGUACUCAUGACUCCUAUGGUUUUACCCAUGUACUUCAGCUACGUUCAAAUGUGUGAGAACACUAAAACUGACUUGUUGCCUUUCCCAGGAACUAUCGAGAGUAGAGAAUUCAUGAAGGAGUGGACGGAACGCAAACGCUGUCCAUUCAGAUGUUCAAACCGAAGAUAUUAUGGGGUUGAAACCCAUAUUUUGGGUAAUCACUACAAGAAUGGUCAUUGCGACGGUUGCGACCAGCGGGUUGAAAGCGCUUCUGAUUUCCUUUUGCAUGCAGAAACUUGUCCUAGCAUUUUAACUGGUAAUUCACUGCAAACUGGUUUCAACGAUGAGUCUUCGGAUUCUGAGGAGGUUUCGAUUAUUGCUGUUGCAAACAGGAGCCCUUUGAAGAUACAUAAGAGGCGCAGAGUUGACACAGAUAGUGAGGAUGACAAAUCUGAGAGUAAGCAUCACUCCACUUUUCUAGGUCGCUUGACAAAACGUCAUCAGCUGUCUUCAAGAUCCCAACGGCCCAUUCAUAGAAGCCACGGCAAGCUGAAACCGUCAUUGAGUUCAAGUCCACAAACGGUGAUUGGGCAAUCUACUUUACUAGAGGCUGGUACUCAGAGAUCGCCCCCACAUCAUCCUAGCUACGAUAUCAGGCUUCACAAUUCGCUGCCAGUAGCUGACCAGAAUGAUUAUGACGUGGUAUCCACUCAGGAUGCAAAGGUUACGAGAAACGUUUACCCAUCGCAAUCACUUGUCCACGUACCGGCUUCCCCAAUUACGGCUGACUUUUCAAUCGGUCCUCCGCUGUCAGAGAUCGAUAUUUGCGAAGGUUGGAGAUGCCCUUAUCCUCACUGUAGUGCGGUCUUCAAUGAAAAUUAUAUGUUAAUGAUGCACCUCGACCUUCAUGCUGAGCGACGGAUGGCCAAAUAUAGUUGUCCCUACGUGAAACUGGAUUUGUGUAAGGAGGAGAUUGUCGUGAACAAGGCUCAAUUUGAGGAACACAUGGAAGCAGCUCAUUACGAUUCAUUCGCUGAGGGUUAUUCCGCUGGAAAGUGCAAGCAUUGUAGCAAGACUUUCGCUUCUGUUGACAUGUUUCUUUCUCAUACGGGCGAUUGUGUUUCAACAUACAAAUCCCUGCAGCUCGAUAUGAAUAAGGGGCAAGGCAGCACAUAA